AUGGCUUCUCUAAAAUUAGUUUUCUACCUGAUAUGUUUGUUCUUGUGGGACAAGGGUGAGUUGUCUCAGGAGACACAUCAGUCCUCAUCUGUUCAUCAAGAGAGUGGCUUCAGAUUAGUAAAUGUUGGUGAAAAUAUCACUUUGCAAUGUUUAAAUAGUGGACCACCAACACGUUUAUACUGGUAUAAGCAAACUUUGGGGCAUCACCCAAGGCUCAUUUCUUCAUCCUAUGGUAGUCUUAAGACAUUUUAUGGUGAAUUUGCAAACAAGCCACGCUUCACACUGAAAUCUGGAAAAAGUAGAAACCUCUUAAGUAUUUCAGAUUUGCGCAUUUCAGACUCAGCUACUUAUUAUUGUGCAAGUACAGCUUCCUCCAUUGUUGAAUUUGCAGAAGGUGUUACAGUCAGUGUAAAAGGUUCAGGUUUGAAUGUUAACACUUCAGUUCAUCAGUCUUCAUCUGAGACCGUCCAGCUAGGAGACUCUGUGACUCUGAACUGUACAGUACACACUGGGACCUGUGAUGGAGAACACAGAGUUUACUGGUUCAAAGUCUCUGAAGAAUCUCAUCCAGGACUCAUUUACACUCACGGAGUCAGGAAUGAUAAGUGUGAGAGGAAAAAUAACACAAAAACACGCAACUGUGUCUACAACCUGCCAAUGGAGAACCUGAAUCUGUCUCAUAAUGGGAUCUACUACUGUGCUGUUGCCUCAUGUGGACACAUACUGUUUGGAAAUGGAACCAAGCUGGAGUUGAAGAAUGAGGAGGUUUCUCUUGUCUUGGUGUAUUUCUUGAGUGGUGCUUUGGCGUUCACCACUAUCCUGACACUUUCACUGGCUGCCUUACUGUACACACAGAAGAGAAAAGGCCAGCAAGCUACAGAGUCUCAUGAAAGAUUUUCGGCUUCAUACCCAACGAACUCAGAGAGUUUCGAAGCUGAAGAAAACCUCCAUUACGGUGCUUUAAGAGUAAAGAAGGCCAAUCGAUUAAGAAGUCAAAGAGAUGACACAGAGGAUAAAUGUAUCUACUCUGGUGUUAGGAAAUAA